AGCGAGCAGUCAGAACGCAGUUCCUCCUCACGGAAAGUGCGUGGCCUGAGCGCCGGAGACAAAGUAGCAGAGCUCAAGCUAUUCGAGCAUUGUAGAGUCGGCUCACACACGGCGGGCUGCAAGGAAAGCGCACGGCUCUUCGUAGAGACGAAAGCUUAUAUAGCUGCUUGCUUUUUUCGCAUCUUUGCAAAUUUUCUCCCGCUUUCCAUAAAUCCACAUACGUCAGGGUCAAUCGUUUUGGAAAUUUCUUCGCCUUGGAAAUAUAUUUUUUUCUGGUUUUUGAAGCGAGAAGCUUUUAAUUCCACGCAGCAAAAAUGCCACAUGGUCGGCUGAUUUUGGGCGGUUUGGUACCGGUGUUGCUGUCGUUGUUUCUCUGGGCAGGCUGCCCCUCAGGGGUGGGGGCUAGCUGUGGACGGGCCGGCUACUGCUGCCAGGGUCGGAAUAAUACGUGCUAUGGGUACGGGACUAACCUGGCCGGUGAGGGCAAUUCCUCCAGCCGCUGCUUUUGUGACGAAGACUGCACCCGAAUGAGCGACUGUUGCAUAGAUUAUGCGGAAGCUUGUCUAGCUGUGGAUUGUGAAGUCUCCGACUGGUACAACUGGAAGCCAUGUAACAACCCAUGCGGCUUGGGGUCACAGGAGCGGAGGAGAGAGGUUACGCGACCUGCCCAAAAUGGUGGAAGAGCCUGUCCAGUUUUACGAGAAAAAAGGGCCUGUAUUGGAACAAAUGAUGAGGAGUGUUUACAGCAAAGUGUUGAGUAUCAAGGGAAAGAACUCAGGGAGGUUGCUAGAAUUUUACCUGCUAAAUAUGGUGCCUACAGAUCCGAGAAAAAAUACGACCCAUUCCAGGAUCACUUGAGGAAGAAUUUGUACGGGCGACGAUUUGUUGAUCUCAGGAAUGAGAUUUUAGCCAGAACUUCGUACUUUGCCAAGUUUGAGAUUACUGAUGUGAAACACGGGUGUAAUGUGACGGCCUUCCCUUGGGUGCAGGCGCUAAGGACUGGCCAAACAGUCUGCGUUGAGUGUCAACCGACCAUUAUGAAAAAAGAGCUGGGAACACGCUGUGAAGGACAUGGAGUGUGGCGGCAAGAAACAAGAUGGCGGGCUGUUCAUGUCCACGGUUGCCAUGGCAAAUGGGUGAUGCAGACGAAACACGACGAAGGAACAUGCGACAUCAAUGGCAACAGUGACUUUAUUCUUAUAUAAAAUGAGAACUUUAUGCAAAUUAAGAACUUGAUGAGCUCUGCUAUUGGUGGGAUAUAAGUUUCAUUGGUCUCAAUCUCUUUAGGCCAGGCAACUUUCCUUCUCAAAUCUAGGAGAAAAUAUGUCUCUUCUUGCUUUUCUUUGAGGUGAAAUUUUGUCUCCCAACAAAGAAUUGGUACUUCCUGCCGUCUACGUAAAUGAAUAAUCAGAGAGCCCCUUUUUUCAGAUAGUCAAAACUUGACUGCAGUUGUCAGUUUUAAAAAUACAUAUAGCUGUGUACAUGUACAUUUUUUGACUAGGAUAGUGUGUUCUUGUGCAGUUGAUUUGAGUAAAUAUAAAACUUAUUGUGCUGCAGAUUACAUGUACUUCUUAAACACCAGUAAGUAUAAAUGGUAUUUGAUAUAAUCAGGGAAAAGAUGGUCAGAAAUUAAUAUGUUUACCGCAAAAAUAAAUUUAAGAUUUGAGUAUUUGAGACUCUUCAAAGAUGCAAAUUGUCACACAACGUUUAUUAUUAA